AUGGAUUCGCUCUACUAUCAAUCCGACCCUCAACUAAGUCAUGAAUCUCAACCAACUCAGGACCGACACCUCACCUAUGUAUGCGACACUGUCGAUACUGUUGCGUAUGGUGGACUUGGUCAUGGGUCAGAAUGGAAGGAUGUCUCGUCCAUUAGAAGCCCUGUUUACUAUGCACCAUAUGGCGAUACUGUGUUCGACUUUUCCAACUUGACGGCGUCCGAGAAUGAUGCUCGCAUUACAUCAGGGCCCUCUGUCACAGGCUCCAUUGUCGAUCCUCCCUUUAAGGACCAUGUCAACUCUUGGGCCGAUAGAUCUCAAGCCACUGCGGUCUACGAUCCCUUUAGCAUGGCACUCUUCAACGAUGAGUUCGGCAUCUACGACCACUCAAUGGGCAUGGUGAAUGACCUGAACCACCUGCAUGCGACUACUGGCUUCGGUCGCAUGUCCAUGCAACAUGUCAAUCCAGGAAGUGCACACCUCAAUGGCGCAUUCGAUAUCCCUGACCUCGGCCCUAACUUCGUCUGCGACGACCAUGAUCAGCUCACCAAUGCAACCAUUCCUACCACUAUUGUGCUGGUUCCAACUCGAGCCCCAGCCGCAACUCCAACAACAAGAUCCAUGCAUCUCCACAGAUGCAACUUCCCGACCUGCACCAGACGUUUCAAGCGUCCUUCCGACCUAGCUCGUCACCAAUACACGGUUCACUUAAACGUUCAAGGCCAUCAUUGCCCGAUCGUUGGCUGUCCCAAGGCGAGAGGUAAGGGAUAUAGUCGCGCUGAUAAGGUCACAGAACAUUUGUGGAGGAAGCAUGGGGAUUUGGGGUAUGUUAAGGCUCGGGGUUAGAGCUUUGGCUGUUUUGGGGACCUGAGGGAGUUGUAAAAUCUUAAAAAUAUAUAGAAUCUUAUAUUAUUCCUUUUUUUAAAUAUUAGUAUUUUCAUACCG